AUGGCGGAUGUGCCCAAGACAUGCAAGGUCAUCCUUGCCGACACCAUCGCCAAAAAACUGCUCUCAGAGGUCCAGGAGACCCUGCAGAAGAUAUCCAACGGCGACUCUCGCCCGACUUUGGUCGCAUUCCUUGCCAAUGAUGACCCGGCGGCGAUGAAGUAUGCAGAGUGGUCAAAGAAGACGUGCGAGGAAAAUGGGUUUGCUUUUGAUUUAAGAAAGGUUGACAAAGAGGUCUUGGAAGAAGAGAUCAUGGCGGCCAAUGAGGACGACAAGGUGGACGGCAUCAUCGUCUACUAUCCCAUCUUCCCCAACAACGCAACCCACGACAAGUACAUUCAAGAAACUGUCUCCCUAUCCAAGGAUGUGGAGGGUCUCUGCCACAAGCAUCUCUACAACAUGUACCACAAUGUUCGUUUCCUCGAUCCACCGGACAAUCGGAAGAAGUCCCUACUGCCGUGUACUCCUCUAGCUGUCGUCAAGAUCCUGGAGCAUCUCCAGAUCUACAACCCAAUCUUGGCAUACGGAAAUAGACUCUACGGCAAGACAAUCACGGUCAUCAACAGGUCCGAAGUCAAUGGUCGUCCUCUGGCCGCACUCCUGGCAAAUGACGGCGCCACCGUCUACUCGGUUGACAUCAACGGAGUGCAAUUGUUCACCCGAGGAACUGGCAUCAAAUCUCCUCGUCAUAAGGUCCUGGACAAGGAGGGCUGGGGCCUCAAGGACUGCCUUCCCCUCAGCGACGUGGUCAUCGGUGGUGUCCCAGCAGAGAGCUACAAGGUGCCAACCGACCUCAUUCGAGAUGGCGCCGUGUGUAUCAACUUUUCAUCAUUCAGGAAUUUUGAUGGCCCAGCCGUGAAAGAGAAAGCAUCCAUCUAUGUCCCUUCCGUUGGCAAGGUCACAAUCGCUGUUCUUCUUCGGAACCUGGUGCGCCUCAUCGCAAAUCGCCCUUCAGAUGCCAGCCAUGUCCAGGCCCGCAGUGAAGCCUUCGCAGAUGACUAG